AUGACAAACAAAUAUGUGUCAUUUUUGUUGUUUACAAAUGGUCAUAUGAUUGACGGUGUUGAUGGGGUUGAUUACGAUCAACCUCCAUGUGGAAAUUUUAGCAUAAAUUGGAAUAGUAGAAUUGUGUUCGAACAAUUACUCCAAAUGGUAGGAUUAUCACUUGGUGUAGAUAUGAGUUCAAGCCAGAUAGAGAUAAUAUAUAGACACCUUAAUUUAACCGCAUCUGGAACAGUAAGGUUUAUGCCAUUCCCUAUUUCAAACGAACAAGAAAUGAACACCAUGUUUUCAAUUACACUGCCGUUUCUAAACAUGGUGCAUCUGUAUGUGACUGUGAGUAUGGUAGAUACUGCCAUAAACUUAAAUGUACAACCGAGAUAUGUUGAAGAAUAUGUUGAUGUUGAGCCGGAGUCAGAUGCACCACCAGUGUGCCAUGAAGAAGAAAUGGUAGCUACCAACGAAUACACAGAGUUUAGAACAGAAACUGAUGACGAAUUUGAAGAGAUGGAUUUCGAUGGUUGUGAAUAUGAAGUUCCAUCCAAUAAAUUCACUGAUUUAGACAUGAAUGCAGUAGAUGGCAUUCAAAAACACGAUCCAAUUAUAGUUCCAAUGGUGACCGACAACACCAAAUUGUACACGGGAAUGAUUUGUGAAAAUAAAGAAAUGUUGCAACAUAUGAUUAAGUGCUUUGCUAUUAAGAGUUACGCACCAUAUGAAGUAGUAGAGUCUACACCGACAAAGUGGGUCAUCCGAUGUAAAAAGUCGAACGAAGGUUGCAAAUGGAGACUUCGUGCAAUAAUGAAAAAAUCUCAUGGUUUAUUUGAGAUCACAAAGUUAUCUGACCAACAUACUUGCUUUUACUCAAAACUUAGUCAAAGUCAUGUGCAAUUGGAUUCUUCAAUGCUUGCACAAGAGUUUUUUGAAUUUGUCAGAGAAAAACCAUCAAUAAGUGUUGCGUCACUACAAUCCAUGAUCAAGGAAAAGUUUGGCUACCAUGUUUCUUACCGUAGGGCUUGGGAUGGUAAAAAAAAAGCAAUAGCCAAAGUGUUUGGCGAUUGGGAUGAGUCGGUACAGGCCACACCUAUCAAAGGCCAUGUCAUCUUAUCAUCGGUAUUUUGGGCAUUUGGUCCCAGUAUAAAAGCUUUUAGUAGAUGUAGGCCACUUAUUCAAAUCGACGGCACUCACCUAUAUGGCAAGUAUCGAGGAAAGUUAUUAAUUGCUACAUCUAUUGAUUCAAAUGGUCAUCUUCUACCAUUAGCAUUUGCUGUUGUUGAAGAAGAGUCUCCAGAUUCAUGGGGAUGGUUUUUACGACAUCUAAAACAAAUUGUGACCCAUGACGAGAUAUGCUUACUUUCCGAUCGACAUGCUGGCAUUAUAUCGGCGGUUAACAAUCCGGAUAAUGGAUGGACAGGAGCGAAGUGUCAUCAUAGAUUCUGUUUAUGCCAUGUUGUCAGUAAUUUCUACAAAAGAUAUAAAUUCACACCAUUGAAGAAUUAUGCUUACCAUGCCGGGUGUCAAUUUCAGAUCCGAAAGUUUGAUAAAGCCAUUCAGGAUCUAAUGAGAAUAAAUAGUAGAUGCAUGAGUUUUUUUUAUGACAUUCCUAUAAAGAAGUGGACUCAAGCACAUGACGGAGGAUUUCGAUACGGGUGGAUGACAACAAAUCUAUCAGAGUGCAUGAACGGAGUUUUCAAAGGAGCUCGAAUGUUGCUGAUAAAUGCUAUAGCUCAAAUUACAUUCUUCAAAUGUGUGAGUUACUUUGAAAAAAGGAGAGAGGAAAUAAAAGUUGCGUUGGAACGUGGAGAUAAAUAUACUGGGUAUGGAUUUUUCAACUUCACAGUUGGUAAUAGAUCUUAUGAUGUGUAUGUUAUACUAAUUGCAUCAAUUUUCAGGUACGCACUUCAAAAAAUAUUAAAAUGGUCUGUAAGAUCCAUUAAGCAUGAAGUACAAUCAUAUGAUCGAUCUGAAGGCAUAUUUCAUGUAAAAAUUGGACGUCACGAAUUAAAUUCUAAAGGAGGAAAUAUCCAAAUAUUGAGGCUAAGUGCUUCUGAGCGGUACUGUUCGUGUAACAAGUGGCAAGCCUUUGGUAUUCCAUGCUCGCAUUUUAUGGCGGUUUGUUCACGGUUUAACAUGAACUAUGAAGACUUUGUUGAGGACUAUUAUAAAAUAUCAACUUACACUGCAUGCUAUGCGCCUCAGUUUCAACCUGUACCGCAUGAAGAUUAUUGGAUCACAUCUACAAGUAUGCCUGUCUUACUGCCAGAUCCAUCGUUGUUGAGAAAAUCAAGUAGACCAAAGACUUCACGUUAUCACAACGAGAUGGAUUGGACAGAACAAAGUGCUCAACAACGAUGCUCAUUCUGUAGCCAACUUGGUCAUAACCGAUGGAGCUGUACUUUGUUAAGGAGACAGACACCUGAUAGUUAG